CCUUUCGGUACAGCUGUGAACGGCUCCGGUUCGGACGGAACCAACACCGACUCUCCUAGCGACGGCUCGCCCGAGGACGGACCACAGCGGCAGGGCAGGGAGCACCGACACGGCCCGGCCCGGAGGAGGCGGCGGAGACGGGAGGAGCAGCUGCAGGAUCGGCGAGAGCUGCAGCCGAGGUGAUGGCGCCCACCCGGAUGAAGCUUCGUGUGCGUCGCCGUGACAACGCGGCUGCAGGGGGAGGGGGCGGGGCUCCAGAGGAGGAGGAGGAGGAGGCGGUGCGCGGCCGGAGGAGGGAGAGCAGCAGGAGGAAGAACAAAGCCACGCCCCCCGCAGCCGCCGCCAUCCCGGAGGCGUUGGCUGCAGCGGCGGCCGAGGAGACGUCGCCCGACUCCAAGUGCCCGAUCUGCCUGGACCGCUUCGACAACGUGGCGUUCCUGGACCGCUGCCUGCACCGCUUCUGCUUCCCGUGCAUCCAGGAGUGGUCGCACAGCAAGGCGGAGUGUCCGCUCUGCAAGCAGCCCUUCGCCUCCAUCCUGCACUCCGUGCGCGCCGAGGACGACUUCAAGGAGUACACGCUGCGCCCGCGGCCCGCCGGCGGGGGCGUGGCCGCCACCGUGGCCAUGGUGGCCGCCAUGGCCACGGUGGCGAGGAGCAGCCACCAGAUGAGGCUGACGCUGCGGAGGCACCGGGCGGCGGACGGGGGGGAGACCACCACGGCGGCGGCGAGAAGGCGGGGCAGGGAGCGGGGCAGGGCCCGGCGGGCGGAGGACGGGAGCGCAGGCGUGUGGGAGUGGUACCUGGAUUCGCCCCCCCUCCCCCACCGACCCGCCGCCGUCAUGGACGAGCCGGUCGUCCGGCCGGAGGCGCCGUCGGAGGAGCGGGGCGUCAUCUUCGAGGGGCUCGCCGGCCUGGAGGGGGUGGAGACGCCGGUCGCCCCCGGAGACCGGGCGUCGCGGCGACUGAUGACGCGCCUGGCGGCGAGGCGGCGGCUGCAGCGGGAGGGCGGCACGCCGCGGCGGCUGCGGGAGCGGGAGGCACUGGCCCUGCGCCGCGCACUGUACCGCUGCGGCGUUCGGGUCCGCGGCGUCGCCGGGGCAACCGGGGACUCGGCGCAGCAGCAGCGCGACGUGUCGGCCGAUGGCUUCCGCCGGAGCCCCGCCCUCCUCAACAGGCUCCGCCCCUGGCUGCGGCGCGAGCUGACGGUGCUGUACGGCGCCCACGGCUCUCUGGUGGAGAUCGUCCAGCGCAUCAUCACCGUGCGACUCGCCCGCCACGGGCUGGAGGACCUGCCCGCCAUCGAGGACGAGCUGCGGCCGUUCCUAUUGGCCCGCACCGAGCACUUCCUGCACGAGCUGGCGAGCUUCGCCCGCUCGCCGCUCGGCAUGGACAGCUACGACCUGCAGGCGGUGUACGAGCCGCCGCCCGCCGCCGACGACCUGGACUGGAUCAGCAGCUUGUCGGACAGCAGCUCCGUCAUCGCCAUCUCCGAGGAGGACGAGGAGGAGGCCGGCGGCGCCGAGGGGGCGGGGCUCGCCGAGGCGGCCGCGCCCAACGAGGACGGCUGCCUCAGCAUGUCGGGCUGGGACGACGAGACGCCCGGCCCCUCCUACUCCUCCGCCACCGCCGACCAGUCCUGCUCCCUGACCCCGCCCGUAGGAAGCCCCGCCCCUCCGGAGGCGGGCGAGAAGGCGGCGGAGGAAGAGGAGUGUCAGAUCGUCGGCUACAAGAAGCCCAUCGCCGAGCGGACGCCCGAGCUGGUGCAGCUGUCGUCCGACACCGAGGAGGAGCGGCAGGAGGCGGAGCCGCACCCCCCAGAAGCCACACCCGUCCCCCCUGAAGCCCCGCCUCUCCCCCUCCUACCCACAAUCCCUCCCUCCACUUCGGCGGCGUCCAGAGAAGAGGAGCCGCCACGGGAGCCGGGUGUCGGCGAGGAGGCGGGGCCACGGGCUCACUCCUGGUCGGAGAGUAGCCGUAACUCUGCGUGCACGCUCAGCCCGACCACGCCCCCCUCCGCCGGCGGCGGCAGCAAGCGGCGGCGGGAGACGGCCGGCUGGAAGGAGAAGAGGAGGAAGAGGAGGGUGAAGAAGAGGAGGAGGGGAAUGGUCUACAGCCCCAACCGCUCGCUCUUCCCCGCCAUGGCACGGCGCCACCGCCGCUCCAGCGGCGAGUCCAGCUCCCCGCCCAGCCCCGCCCCCUCCUCCAGCUGGGAGGUCUCCACCCUGUCCUCCUCUGACUCCUCGUCCUCCUCCUCGCCGCUCUCCUUCUCCCCGCCCCCGCCGCAGACUCCGCCCCCGCCCGCCGGCUUCCACGGCGAGAAGCCCGGCGGCAAGAGGAAGUACAAGAGCCGGCACCUGGACAGUGACACCAAGGACCCCACCUGGAGGCCCCGGAGGAGGCGCCGGGGGCGGGACGGCGGAGACAGGAGGAGAACCAGGGAGGAGCGCAGCCCCAGCGUGGAGAUCAUCUACGAGGGCACCGUCGCCCCCGGCGACGCAAACCUGUCCGCCAACAAGCGGCGCCGCAGACGGCGCCACCGCACGCAGCGCAGCAGCUCUCCGGUCAUCAUCACCCUGGACAGCGACAGCAGCGACGGCGGCAGUCCUCCCCUCAACUUGUCCCUCCUCCCCCCGCUCCCGCUGAUGCCCCUGGCCAGAGUGGGCGGGGCUCUGGAGGCUCAGAUCGGCGAGCUUCCCGUCGACUUCCUGGACCGGAGGUCCGACGGGUCCGAGGUGGAGCUGGAGGGUCGCCACAGGGUCGUACGUUUGAUUCCCAGCGACGGCAGCGAGCACGACGUGGACGUGGAGAACGUAGACGCGAGCGCCAGAGAAGGCAUCGGCGAUCGGUCCCUCGGCGUGCAGGGACCCACCGAAGCGGCCGGGGACCACCGGGACGGGACAGGACCAGGAUCAGAAGAGGACCGCCCUAAACCUGAGGUGUCUGAUAGGACCCCCCCCAGUGCUGCUCCGUCUGCCGCUAUGUUCCCCCCCCUGUCCUUUGACCGCUGUUCCCCUGAGAGCAGAGCCCAGCGCUACAGAAAUCCCUGCGAGGUCUCUCUGGCCCCCCAGCCCUCCGACAGGUGGUUCCCCCAGCGGGGGCCGGACCCGCCCGCCGGCCGGGCCGCCCUCGACUCCGACACUCCGCCCGAGGACCACGUCCAGCAGGGGGAGGGGGUGGUGACGCCGGGCCGGGACGUCCCGCCGCUCCUCCGUCAGGCCAGCCCCGUGCGGUCGUACGGCAGGAACACGCCGCCGCCGCUCAAACACAAGGACGCCGGGAGUCCCGCCUGCUCCCCCCUCGUCCUGGUCCAGCCCCCCGACGAUAAAGUCUCCGCCCCCUCCUUCAGAGCCAGGCAGUCCUGCGCCCCUCAGAGCCCCGAGUCCGGUUCCCUCUGUCAGACCUCCACAGGGAGCCGGAAUCAGACCAGGAGUCCCUCCGACGUUCGCUCGCCCCCUCACCCCCCGCUGGACCUCCACCCUGAGGGUCUGGGGGCUGCAGACGGACCCCCCUCAGUCUGUACCAGUCUCGUUCUUCCCGCUGAGGUGAACCACGCUUCCUCUCCCUCGCCUCCCGCCGCCCUGUCCACCCACCGAGACCUCCACCUGGAGCGGCCCCCCCGCCUCGAGCCCCACCCCCUGCCACUCUGAGCCCCCCAGGACCUCCACCGGAGGGGGGCGGACAGCCGACCACACGCCUCCGUGCAGAAGUGGGAUACUUGCUGGACAAAGACUUUGAAGCUGUGUGGACACUUUGGACAUGAGCCGGUCGGAGUGAAGCCCCGCCCUGCUGUCUGUGGACCUCGUCCUGGGACCUGCUCCUGGGACCUGCUGUAGACCUGUUCAACAGAAUCCUCAUCUCAGAUUUUAUUCAGUCCGGCCUGAUUCCGGUUCUCCAAGCUCUGAAAUGACUAAACACAGCCUUUCCCUGUGGCUGGGCCGCGGUUCUGCUGCCACCAGAGCCAGGAAGGUGUGCUGUUGACAUGUUGGACAAAUCGCUUAAAGACAUGGCACAUGUGGUUCUAUUUUACUUUAACUGGACAUAUUCUGCUUUUUUCACUUAGUGAAGAGUUUCUUACAGCAGUGUGUGUUGCCGUGGCCUCAUUAUGACGUUCAGAUGUGAAAAGUGUCUGUUUCCUCCCUGUCUUGCUGCACCGGUCCAGUUUGAGUUUCGUCCGCUUAUCCUGAAAUAAGCGGAUUUAACUCCUCCCCCUGACUGUGCCCCCACCGUGUGUGUGUGAGAGAGUGGGCGUGGCCAGACCGGGAACCAUCCUCAGAACCAGCCUGUUCUGACGAGGCUCCUCAGAGCCACUUUUUAGACCCUGAAACUCUGAACAAAGGAUGAAUUUGGGGCGAACAAACUUAAAUACAUCCUUUGUCCUCCUCAAUCCUGUCGCCACGGAGGCU